CCCCCCCCCCCCCCACAACCCAAAAAAAAAACCCCCGUGAACGACUCGUCAAUAUCAGGAGAACAUUUCAAGAACAAGACAAGCAACUCAGAGGCGCCCUGCUUCAAACGACGGAACAGAACUCGACCCAAACCGAACACAACCAUUUAGUGGAGUUACGACACCAAUAUCAUCAACAGAGACGCACGAAUUUUCAACGAGAAACACAAUGGAUCAUAUUGAGUCAGAUUUGGAGAGCGUCUUGAUCAAACUAGAAGGCCCCCAGUCGAUUACAACAGCCGAAUUUGACCUGAUCGCCCAACACCCUGAGUGGUUCACCACACUGGGCGAACGCGAGCGACUAGCUUUGUCUGAGUCCCGUGCUCUUCAACUUCUCGAGGAAAUCCCGAGCGACUAUGAAGUUUACCCUGGUCAGUAUGCACAGAUAGAUCACUAUCUCACAAGACAUGGGCAGUUACAGCGAAUGAUAGACGCUUCCAAAAUGAUGCAGCGUCUUUGGGCUCGGCAGAAGGCAGACGAUGAGGAGGCUGGACUGAUUACCCCUACUAUUGAAGAUAGGCCUCAUACAUGGACUGAAGACCUGGCUACCUUUGCAAGAGGCUGUCUCAAAGCUCUCAGCGGUGAAAUCGUCGACUUUGAUGAUGAUAUGGACGGAUCACAUUCCGGAACUGAGCACGAGGAAGGCACUUGUGUGAGUCCUGAUCUUCCGGAGAUCAUCACCUUGUCACCUGAGUUCGCGAGACAUAUGCGAGAUCAGAUCCGCAACCUCCCUUGCCGAGCUGUCGAAUGGAAAUGCAUUCUGAAAAUAUUGGGAGCACCGGCACCUGUGAAAGACGAGGUUUUACUUGCCAUCAGAACCAUAAUGUGUGGUUUGGUGGAAGAGCUUAUUCAAGCAAGGUCAAUGUUGGAAAACCGCAGGCGUGGACUUUCUUCCAAGAAUCAAGCAACUGUCAUGCUUCAAGCACCAACCCAUCUGGCCCGGAUGGUUGGUGUUCUGGAUAUUGAGAAAGAUGGGAAGCUCGACUCAUAUGCAGAAUGGAAAAGUCUGGAGAAGGGUUUCCCUGCCAGGUACAAAGGCUUUUGGAGCGACAUUGACUGUCUGUGGCCACUCUUGGCGGAUAUACGGGCUUGGAGCGUUAUCAGUCGAAAUCUCCACAACAUCUACCAGUCGGAGGUAUGCAGAAAUCAAGUAGAACUCCUUCUAAAGUUCUCAGUUGAUUUGCGUACCACCCUAUUUGAUCGCCAUUCGAAGGGUCUUCCCCAUUCUGAGUCUAGCUGAACGUCGGCCAACAGUCAAACGUUGGCAACAUGCACUUCUUAAACCCAGAAAAUCCAAGGAUGCAAGCCCUCACCAUAUUCUUCAUGUCACACAGUCGAUUUGUUCUCAAGGCUUCAAAUCUCGGGCUUAAAGUAUACCAUCACAAGCUACCAACAACUUCGUCAACAUGGAAUAAGCACAAGAGCAUAUAGAGCUUAGGAGACUUAACACGAGUGCCAUAGCACAUUUUCAUCUAAAGC